AUGGAUUCUCGCGACUCAGACCUAAUCUGUUCCAUAUGUCUUGAUACCUUUCAUAUUCCUGUCACCAUCCCCUGUGGACACUCGUAUUGUCAGAAGUGCAUCACUUCCCAUUGGGACAUAACAUGCAAAUCUGACAUUGGACCUUGCUGUCCCUUCUGCAAUACCAAGUUUGCCAGCAGGCCCAUUCUCAACCGUAAUGUGUCCUUAUCGCGCCUGACUGAAGCUGCGAUCAGCAACACCGGGGCAUCCCGCAAGGACUGCGGGGGUGAGGAAGGUGGACCCAUCCUUUGCGAGCACCAUCACAAACCUCUUGUUUAUUAUUGCAAGAGGGAUAAAAUGUCAGUGUGCUACGAAUGUGCCAUCUUGGACUGCAAGAACCAUGAAAAGGACCUGCUGGAGACGGAAAAGAAGAACCAAAAGUUAUUACUGGAAAACAAGAAUGAGGAAGUUACGAAACUCAUUGAAGAAACCAAGCAAAGUAUUAACAAGCUAACUGAAAAUAUCACCCAAGCUAAGGAGACUAUGCAGCAGACGUCCACUCGGGUCACAGCCAAGUUUUCCAACUUGAUUAAAAUAUUGGCCGAGCGGCAGGAGGCCACGGAGCGCUUCAUGGAACAGGAGAAAGAAGCGGCUGUCGCUGAGGCGACGGCCCGCCUCGCUGACCUGGAAGACAACGCACGCAAACUGAAAGCCAGCCAGGCUAGGAUAGCCACCCUCCACAACCUCUCCGAUGCAGAGCUAAUCAAGGAAUCCAUGCUUGUGGAGGUUCCACGCCUCAAGAAAAUUCCCUCCGACGUCACCCCCCACCUGCAGGAUCGGCUAAACGCCAUCACGGAAGUCAUGACCCGGAUCUCCAAGCUGGUGGUCGAGGACCUUGAAAGAGCCGUCUGCACCGUUUUGGGCCAGGACUCGGAAGGUUCUCCUCAGGAGAAGAGGCCCAUUCUGGCCGUGGUUCCCAGUCCUGCUGCUCCGUGUCACCCUGAUGGGAGGGAGGGCAUCAGUGCUUACAGAUGCUGUCUGACAUUUGACCCCAACAGCGCCAACGGCAAUCUGGUUUUGUCCCGAGAGAACCAGAGAGCGGAGCACCUGACUUCGGGGUUGCUUCCCGUAGCCGAUCACGAAUCCCGCUUUGAUUACACCUGGCAGGUGUUGUGCAGCCAGGGCUUCCAACAAGGCCAACACUACUGGGAGCUGGAGGUGUCCAAACCAUGGGCUUACCUAGGGGUCACCUACGCCGGCAUCCCCAGGAAAGAAAAGGGCCGAAGGUGCAUUCUAGGUAUGAACGAACUGUCGUGGAGCCUGCAGUUGGACGAGAAGCAGCUCAACGCCUGGCACAACGGCCGCAAGGAGACCCUGGCCGGAUCUUCGCGGCACGGCCGCAUCGGCGUGCUGCUGGACUACGAGGCGGGGACGCUCACCUUUUACGGAGACGGACACGUCCGGCUGCACGCCUUCCACUGUGCCUUCGCCCAGGAGCUUUUCCCCGCUUGCUGGAUAGGAGAGGGUGUCAGCAUCACGCUCUGCUCCUCGUGA